GGCUGAGGUGGGAAGACCGUCUGAGCCUGGGAGUUGAGGCUGCACUGAGCUAUGAUGGCACAACUGCACUCCAACCUCGGUGACAAAGCGAGAUCCUGUCUCUAAAUUAAAUUAAAAACAAUACCACCAAAACAACAGCAGGUUGGGCGGUGGUGUCUCACGCCUAUAAUCAGAGCACUUUGGGAGGUCGAAAUGGAAGACCGUGUGAAGCCAGGAGUUCGAGAGCAGCCUGGGCAACAGAAACCUCACCUCUACAAAAAAUAUAACUGGCCUUGGUGGCGGGCGCCUGUAAUCCUAGCUACUUGGGAGGCUGAGGCAGGGGGAUUGCUUGAGUCCCAGAGGUUGAGGUUGCAGUGAGCUGAGAUCCCGCCGUUACACUCCAGCCUGGAUGACAAACUGAGAUCCCAUCCAAAAAAAGCCAGUGCCCCGCUGAGUUUUUCCUGAAACGAGAAACCCUCGCCUGUAGCCAGGAGAAAAGUCCGCGAGCCAGCAAAAAACAAACUCGGCCAGGAAACAGAUAACAAGGCCACCCUGGCGUGCCAGAAGACGACGCUGCGAGGCGGGUUCUUCUUCCUGGUCAGCGGUGAUCGCUUCCGGGGUGGUGGCGAGGGAGGCGGAAGUGUGAUGUUGUAGCAGGUGGCUGCUGUCUGUGGGCGGCUGUGGGAGGCUCCCGAGGUGGGGGGCUGGGCCAGGAUGGCUGCAGCGGCAGCCAGGGCAGGGAGCGGGCCCUGGGCGGCCCAGAAGAAGCAGUUCCCGCCGGCGCUGCUGAGUUUCUUCAUCUACAACCCGCGCUUCUGGCCGCGGGAAGGAGAGGACAAGGUUUAUAGUUCGCUGCCGCAGCAGUGCUACAGCAUGUACAAGGAAGAAAUGAAUAACACAGAAAUCAAAGAUGAAAGCAUUAGAAGACAAUUGAGUCUGUCAGAACUGCAAAAUAUUGCUGAGUGUGGAUUGCUCAGAAAUCUGAGAACAUGACUUGUGAAUUGCUUCUAUUCAAAAUGCAGACACAAUGCCGGGAACUCUCAGGGGAUCCAGAACUGCAGCCGGUCCUCGCUGGGCUGUUCCUGCCCAUGUGCCUGGUCACAGUGCUGGGGAACCUGCUCAUCAUCCUGGCCAUCAGCGCUGACUCCCACCUCCACACCCCCAUGUACUUCUUUCUCUCCAACCUGUCCUUGCCUGAAAUCGGUUUCACCUCCACCACGGUCCCCCAGAUGAUUGUGGACAUCCAAUCUCACAGCAGAGUCAUCUCCUCUGCAGGCUUGCCUGACACAGAUGUCUCUUUGCCAUUUUUGGAGGCACGGAAGAGAGACAUGCUCCUGAGUGUGAUGGCCUAUGACCGGUUUGUAGCCAUCUGUCACCCUCUAUAUCGUUCAGUCAUCAUGAGCCCGUGUUUCUGUGGCUUCCUAGUUUUGUUGUCUUUUUUUUUCUUCUCAGUCUUUUAGACUCCCAGCUGCACCACUUGAUUGCCUUGCUAAUGACCUACUUCAAGGAUGUGGAAAUUCCGAAUUUCUUCUGUGAUCCUUCUCAACUCCCCCAUCUUGCAUGUUGUGAUGCCUUCACCAAUAACAUCAUCAUGUAUUUCCCUGC